UUUGCCUCCUCUGCGCGCUUCUUCCAACAUGAGCACCAGCGCCCCGCACGACUUGGAGGCUGGCAGAGCUGCCACUCAGCCAGCGCAUGGCAAGAACAACGUCGACCAGAACGGCAUCCUCCUCGGUCAAUGGAAGGCCGGUAUUUUCGGUUGCUGUGACGCAUGUGUCCCCAACUGCUUGAUGACGUGGUGCUGCCCGUGCAUCUCGUACGCGCAGACGCGCCACCGCUUGACCGGGUCCUUCUGGAGUUCGUGCUUGCUCUUUACGCUGUGCGCCGGUCUCCCCAUUCUCUGCAUCCGCGGUGAAGUCCGCGACCGCUUCCGAAUCCCCGGCAGCUGCUGCGAGGACGUUUGCUGUGCGUGCUUUUGCCCAACCUGUGUCCUCGCGCAGGUUGCGACGCACACGGAAUCGUACACGCCGGGCUCGUGCGACUGCAGCCCCAAGGACGUCUUGCUUGGCUACAACGUCUAAGCCAAACAACAAUUCGCUUUGCAGUGUAGCGCGACGGUAGUCCAUAGUACCUUGCUAACACAAAUAUGCUAUGAAAAAUGAUGCGUGCGUUAUAAAUGAA